CAAGCUUCAAGAUUUCCAAACAAAGCAGCUACCUAUAGCUUCUUCAUCUCAUACCAUCGAGACCUUGUUGAAGUGAAGAAGAUGGUUUUUACUCCCUACCCAGAUUUCCUCAUUGUCUACAACUCUCAAGACCUGUCUCUUUCUCAACGUUUGGUACUCCCAAGUGAUUACAGACAGUACUAUCCAACGCCUCUCCCUCAGACAGCGGUUCUUCGGAAGCCAGAAGGAAUCUUCUGGACUGUCAAAUGGGCAAUAAGUCCAGAGGAGGAGAUUAGCUUCGGUGAUGGCUGGUCUAAGUUCAUCGCAGACAAUGGUCCCAUCGACAGAGACUUUCUGAUAUUCUCCUACGAUGGUUCACGAAGCUUCUUGGUAAGCAUCUUCAGGAAUGGGCUCCCCGUGAAGCCAGAAGCUCCUGUCACGAUACAAGAAAUUUCAGAUGAUGAUGAGGAGGAUGAAGCAGCUGAUAAUGAUGCUGGUGAUGAUGAUGAUAAAGAUGAAGAUUACGAUCAGAACAUGAUCACUUCUCUUUCUUUGGGAAGCAGCGACGAAGAGUACGAUGCUGAUACAACCGUCUGUGAAGUUAACAAAGCUCAUAGAACUUUAAAGAAAGGGAGUACUUCGCAAAGGAUACGUGCUCAACCAAUUGGUGAUCCUGAAAUGUAUCUUGAUGAUCCCAAGAAUCCUUGCUUUAUUGCAACGUCGUCGCCGUGUAGGCGUAUGUUGGUGAUUGCUAUGCAAGUAAUAAAGGACUAUGACUUGAAGUUUGAUGGCAUAAUCAAGUUCAUCGAUGGAUUUGGUGAAUUAGAGGGAAAGAUUGGAAACUGGAAGGAUCGUGUUGUCGUUUACCCGUGGCAAGUAAUCUAUAGCAGAAACGAUGCAAAGCCCGGAGAUGUAAUCAUUUGUGAGAUUCUACGUGAAGGAGAUGUUGUUCGAUCCAUCAAGGCCCAUUUCGUUAAGAAGUGAUGUUUUAUU